AUGACCACCCCUCGCCACUCUCUCACCCAGCUCGAGGAGCACCAGCGCCCAUCCGUCGCCGAGCGUCUCGCUCAAGCCGCUGAGCGCCGCCGCACCCUCGAGAUGGAGCGCGAGGCUAGACUGAAGCAGGACCUCUCGCACCACGACAGCAAAGUGUCGCUCCGCGAGUCGUCCACAUCCCUCCCAGACGAACGAGCGUCCCAGGUCAAGCUGAAUAGCCCUGAGCGCAUCAAAGCCGUGCUCGAGAGAAAACAGACCCUUGAGGAACAGGCCCUCGAGCACGCCGAGCGGCUCGCCGAAAAGACACGCACUCGCAUUGAGGAAGCCGGCCAGCGCCAUGAUCGCGCCGUCCAGGAAAAGGCCGAAGUCGCCCACCAAGCAAACCAGGAAAUCGAAGACGUGAUCCGGAGAGCCUCGACUGCCCGUCUCACCGAGUCUAUCGCCAAGCCAAGGGCCAGCAUUCCCACUGCACCUCCUCAAUCCCCCGAUCUUGAUGGCCGUCGAACUUCGCUGGUUCAUACCGAGGCCGUCCAAGCAAGAAAGAGUGAGAUCGACGCCAUCAGCCAGGCCGAUAUUGCGCUACAAAUGCACAAACUCGAGAACAAGGCUGUAUCGGCCAGCGAUCUGCAUGGAUCCAGCAUCGAGCACAUCCGAAGCAACGCCCACAAGGCUAUCGAGUCGGUCGAAAUGGGCCAUACCCGCCACCUGCUGCGGGAGAAGAUCAGAGAGUCUCAGAUCCUCCAGCAGGCCCACGAGACCGAUCUCAAGAUCGAGCGUGCCCAAGCCAUGAAGCGAGACUCGAUUGAAAGGAUCAAGGAGAAGCAAGCACAGCUCCAACGCUCCAGCGUCACGCGCUCGUCCACAAGCGUAGAUCGCCGAGACUCGACGAAUGCACCGACAAUGUGA